AAGCCUCCGCAAGCUCACCCACACUGUCACACCCACUCCAGUGCAGUGUAGUACUGUAGUGCAGCUUCGCCGGUGGCAAUGGCAAUGGCGGUGCGCGUCGCGGCGGGGCUCGUCGUCGCGCUGCUCCUCGCGGGUGACGCGUCGGCGGCGACGCUGGCUCUGUACAACCGGUGCGUGGAGACGGUGUGGCCGGGCAUCCAGCCGAGCGCCGGCAAGGAGCUCCUGGCGCGCGGCGGGUUCCAGCUGGCGCCCAACCGCGCCACAUCCAUCCGCCUCCCCGCCGGCUGGUCCGGCCGCGUCUGGGGCCGCCAGGGCUGCAGCUUCGACGCCGCCGGACGCGGGCGCUGCGCCACGGGCGACUGCGGCGGGACGCUCUACUGCAACGGCGCCGGUGGAGCGCCGCCGGCCACGCUGGCCGAGAUCACCCUCGCGUCGACGCCCACCGCGCAGGACUUCUACGACGUGAGCCUCGUCGACGGCUACAACAUCCCCAUCGCCAUGACGCCGUUCCACGGGUCCGGCGCCAACUGCGUGCCCGCCGGCUGCGUCAGCGACCUCAACCGCGUCUGCCCCACCGGCCUCGCCGUCCACGGCGGCGGCGACAACCGCGUCGUCGGCUGCCGCAGCGCCUGCGCCGCCUACGGCGCGCCGCAGUACUGCUGCACCGGCCAGUUCGGGAGCCCGCAGCAGUGCAAGCCGACGGCGUACUCGCGGCUGUUCAAGACGGCGUGCCCCAAGGCCUACUCCUACGCCUACGACGACCCGACCUCCAUCCUCACCUGCUCCGCCGGUGCGUCCUACAUCGUCACCUUCUGCCCGCACCGCCGCUAAAGCAAACCCCGACCACCCAUCCUUCCACUCAUCAUCAACAAUGGCGGAGACGCUAGAUUUAGUCAUGGUGCAUGGCAUUGUUGCUGUUCUUGGUUCUUGAUGCGAACCGUAAUAAUAAUACUUAUUAGCAGUAAUCCAGUGGUAUGUACUGUAGUUUAGCGGUUGGUUUGGGUAUAAUGUGAUGAGAUCCGGUGAUCUACCAUUGGUAGGUCAGGAAAAGGAGGAGGUAUAUGAGUAUAUGGAAGAACUGAACUAGUACUAUGUUUUUUCAUUUCGAUUUCAGCAGAUUUUCUUGCACCUGAGCCAGAUUUUCACUUACUUUCGCUUAUGUUUGCAAUGAAUCGCUUUGCAUAAUACUCCACUCAGUACUCACAUUGUUGUGUCUUUGCC